AUGGACGGCAACGUCGACGCUGCGAAAGUUACUAUACCCGCAGAGACAGAAGCAACGAAGGUAGGUAAGGCUGCUGCUGGCGAUUCGGCUGCCACAGCUAACGCUGCUCCCACUGGUUCUGUCAAGGAUACCCCAAAAGCGGACGAUCAGCGUGCAAACGGCGUGGAAGCGGUGAAAGAGGGUAUGGGGACCGGUGGCGGGGAUAAUGCAGCGGAGGCGGAAGGAGCAAAGAACAAGGGGCUGCGCUACUGGACGUGCGCCAACUACCAGCCGCGCCCCUUCAAGCGCCCCCGCCACGCGCGCAAAGGCGCGCGCCCCGCGGCGGGGGAUGGGGACGAGGCGGAGGAGAAGAAGGGCGCGCGAUGCAAUUUCUUCAGGUGGCUGGACACCCCGCGUGUGACCAAGGAAGAGAAGGCGGCAGCGGCGAGGGAGAAGCGGCGCAAGAGAGAGCUGGCGCUGCUCGCAUGA